AUGAGACGUUUGACGUGUUGGUGUACAGUAGUUAUGGUCAUGACUUUCUUCUUUCAUCAGAGCACAAUUGCACGAUGAAAAGUGUUCGUAUGAAGUUUGGUAUUCGUUUAAAAAUUCAAUUAUUCCAUCACUUUCAUUGUCUGUCUAUAAAAGUCAAAAAACAACGUUAAUAAGAAGCGG